AUGUCGUUUCGUCUUAGCACAACGGCUCAAAACCUCCCCGAUGAUGAACAACUUCAUCCUGCAACUAAAACACCACAAAACACAGUUACGUGUGUGUAUAUGACACAAAUCGGUGGCUAUUGGCGGAACGUGACGGUCUUUUGGGCUAAAACCACCACCACUCAUUCUCUCAACAUCUACAUCGAUAGCAUGGGAUCUGAGUUGCAUCCAAACUGCAAGAUUGACCUCAAACCAUGGUAUUUUUGGGCAAAAAAGGGUUCCAAAACCAUACAAGUUGAUGGGUAUCAGAUUGAAGUUUAUUGGGAUUUCCGGUCCGCGAAGUUUCUUGGAUCACCGGAGCCGUGCUCGGACUUUUACGUGGCUUUGAUUUACGAGGAAGAAGUCGUGCUUUUGAUUGGUGACUUGAAACAAAAAGUGUACACGAAGAUGAAAACACGGCCAGCCGAAGUGGAAGGUUUGUUGUUCUUCAAGAAAGAGCAUGUUUUGGGGAAGAAAAGCUUUAUGACAAGGGCUAAAUUCGAUCCGAAUAGGAAAGAUUGCGAGAUCGUGGUGGAGAGUUCGAUGAUGGGAUCUAAAGACCCCGAAAUGUGGAUCAGCAUUGACGGGAUCGUGUUAAUUCGCGUAAAAAACUUGCAGUGGAAGUUUCGUGGAAACCAAACUGUCUUGAUCAACAAGCAACCGAUUGAGGUGUUUUGGGAUGUUCAUACUUGGAUCUUUUCGGAACCUGGGUUGGAUCAUGGGUUGUUUAUAUUCAAGCAUGGUCACCAAGACGCUGAUAGCGAUCGCGAUGACGACAAACAUAGUGCAACCGGAGAUAGCGAUUGCAGCGUUGGAUCAAGAUAUUACUCGACGUAUGGUACUUCCACAAACUUGCAAUUAUGUCUUUUUCUUUAUGCUUGGAAGAUCGAAUGA